UAUUUACCAUAGUUAAUUACAUAUAUAUACAUAUGAGGUCACUCAAGAUCUCAUUUGCACUUGUUUGUUUCUUAAUUCUAGCCAUCCUCCGCACUCCUCAUGCGCAAAACUCCCCACAAGAUUACUUAGACACUCAUAACUCAGCACGUGCUAAUGUAGGUGUCAAAAACAUGAUAUGGAACACAAGUGUGGCUGCAUAUGCGCAAAACUACGCUAACCAAAGGAUUUUGGAUUGCAAUCUCGUUCAUUCCAAUGGUCCGUUUGGUGAAAACCUUGCUAAGGGAGAUGGAACCUUUACAGGAACCGCAGCAGUUAAUUUAUGGAUAGAUGAAAAAUACUAUUAUGAUCAUAUGACGAAUACUUGUGUUGGCGGACAUGCUUGUGGGCACUAUACGCAAGUUGUGUGGCGUGAUUCGUUCCAACUUGGGUGUGCUAGGGUUCAAUGUAUUAGUGGUUGGUCUUUUGUUAUUUGCAGCUAUUAUCCUAGUGGCAACUACAUUGGUGAAACUCCUUACUAGUGAAUACAUACU